UGAAUUGCAAUAGAUAACACACAACCCACUUUUUGAUCGAUUGUUUAUCGAUAUGUGGUUUUUUAAACUGCCACCCAAUAAAUUUUUCAUUUCCUUACAAAAAUAACUCUCCUAUGAGGAAGCGCAAUCAGCUUAUCCCGUGACAUUACAACCACAAUAUUUAAACAUGAAGGUGUAAUCCUAUUAAAGUCGUCGCAUGCAUCAUCAUGGUGGGAAUGUGUUGUAGAAUACCAUUAAAAGGAUCAGAGAUACCUAAAACUGGCCACUUUCUUUCUUUUCAGACAAUUUUAACAUGGACUUGGUCGAUCCAUCUGCAUCAAAAGAGGAGGCAAUGCAGGCUUUACACUACUGCACAAGAAUGGAGUACUUCGACAUUGUAGACGCAAUAUUGAAGACUCAUUUUGGAACAACGAAGCUUUCGGAUCUUUCUAGUCAAUGUAUGGAACUUUUAACAAAUGUCGUGAAGUCUGGUUCGCUUGAAUCGCUAGAGAUGAUUCUAGACCAUGUGGAUGAGAAUUUCCUAGCAACCCCGCUAACUCAACGAACCUUCGUGACAAAACUACUCACAACUGCCAUCACGAAUGGGAAGGAUGUGGUCUGUGGUACUCUAAUUAAGAGGGGCGGAGACCCCAAUGGACAAAUUAACGGUACGACAUUCCUACAUGCUGCUGUAGCACAGGGUCAGGAGAAUCUGAUGAAAGCGCUUGUCGAGGGUGGUGCUGACAUUUCCUUGAAAAACAAAAGAGGAGAAACCAUCAUUUUUCCAGUUAUAAUGUCUGAUAUCUUCAAUAAGGCUGACUUGGUAAGUUGGUUAGUUGCUCGAGGAGUGGAUCCUAAAGACACGGGUAUCAGUGGAAAACAGCCCAUACAUGUGGCAGCGGCCCACUCCUCUGACGUUAUUUCACGUCUUGUUGAUUUGGGGUGUGACGUCAACCAAACAGACGUUAUCCACAAAGAUACACCCUUACACAUAGCUUGCUGUCGGUGCAACGGAGAAACAAUUGAAACUUUAAUCAAAUGUGGGGCAAAAUUUAAUCUUGUGAACAACGAAGGAGAAACGCCACUCACAAAGUUACUGAAAUUCGCUACAGACGCCGUUAAUUUUCACUCAAAGUCAAGGAUGAAUUUAGCCAGACAGUUAAUGAAAUAUGGAUUUAUUAGCAAGCAAAGCAAGCUUUGGAAAAAUGUAAAACAGAAAGUUGGGAGAAACAAGGUUCAGGAGCUGUAUAAAAGACUUCGAUUGGAGAACAAGACAGUUUCCAGCCUCCAGCACCUGUCCAGACUAGUCAUCAGUGAUAAUAUCAAACCUGUCAGUGUUCGGAAGGCAGUCCAUACCCUAGCUAUACCUCCUCACCUUAAGGACUAUCUCAUGUUUUCUGAUUUCACGUUUGGAACAAAUUUUUCUUAAUGCAGUUCAUGCAAUACAAAUUUACAUUUGGUGCUCAGACGUUUGUGUUAAAAUCAUUAUGGCCUGUGAUAAAAAGUGAUCUCAUUUUUGUUAACUUAUUAAAUUUUUAGUUGUUGAAA